AUGGCGACCAAGUACGAGGAUAGGCCUAUUCCCCAGAUCUCCCUGGCCAACUUCGAGUCACGCGUGGACGAAAUCACAGAGCAGCUCGUCACGGCAGCCGAGCAGGUGGGCUUCUUCGCCAUCGUGGAUCAUGGCGUGACAACCGAGCAGAUUGAUUCCAUGUUCGCCAUGUCAGAACGCUUCUUCGCGCUGCCCAACGAGACCAAGAGCACGGUUGCCUGGAACCCCAACAACGUCGGGUGGGAGCACAAGUCUCAGAUCCGGCCGUCAACUGGCGCCGCCGACCAGAAAGAGUCGUACCAGCUGCAGUUCGGCGAGCACAUGAAGGGCAUGUGGAUCAGCGAGGAUGCCUGCCCGGGCUUUCACGACCAGAGCUGGUCCUUCAUGCACCUUGUCCAGGGCGUGUCGGAGAAGCUGAUGAUCUGCUUCGCACGCGGGCUCGGCUUCCCGGACGACUUCUUCGUUCGCGCCCACGACGUGACCAAGCCCAACUGCCAGAGCGUGCUGCGGCUGCUGCACUACUUCGAGACCCCGCGCCCUAGCGGCGGCGGCGACGGCCAGGUCUACCACCGCGCUGGCGCCCACGCAGACUGGGACCUGCUGACUCUGCUGUUCCAGCGAGAGGGCCAGUCCGGCCUGGAGAUCUGCCCCGGCCGCGAGGUCGUCACCGAGUGGGCCUCCGGCAACGAGGCGUGGACCAAGGUCGACUUCGUCCCUGGCAGCAUCGUCUGCAACAUCGGCGACCUCCUCAUGAGCUGGUCCGACGAUCGCUUCAAGAGCACCCUGCAUCGUGUCAAGGCUCCCUGCGAGGAGGGUGACAACUACGACGAGAGGUACAGCAUCGCCUUCUUCAACCAGCCCUCCAAGGAUACCAUCAUCCAGGGCCCGCUCAAGAAGUACCCCGCCGUCACGGGCGAGGAGUUCAAUGCAAAGGCUAUGAAGGUCCAGUUCACCGCUCUGCAGGCUAAGCUUCAGGCCGAGGAGGAGGCCAAGAGGAAGAGGGAGGCGGCCGCUGCCGCAAUGGAUAAGGUCAUUCCGGCCGGGACGGUUGCUUGA